GCUGCGGUUCGAGCGAGAUGCCAGCCUACCGUAGACUAUACGCACGGCAUACACUUCUAGUUCCACUGUCCCGAGUCCGGGUAGUAGUAAACCCCGCCCAUCCAAAGCGGGACCGCAAUGAUUUAGAAGUUCAGGAAUCCCACGUGACGUCACCUUAGGGGUGAUGUAAUGCUUCUGUAAAUAGAAUGUAUUGUAAUCCUGCCUCAGUCCAACGUGGUUCCUCUCAACUCAGUGCCGCUUGUCCGCUCCACUUGUUAGGUUUGUAAUGGAGAUGAAUGAUGAACAGGACCGGCCCUAUGGAUGCAGCACUCCUGGCUGCUCACAGCGGUUCCAAACAGAAGACCACCUGAUGAUCCACAGACACAAGCAUGAGAUGACCCUCAAGUUCUCCUCCAUCAAGACUGAUCCCCUCGCAGACCAGACCCCAACGCCGACCCGUUUCCUGCGUAACUGUGAGGAGGUGGGUCUCUUCAAUGAGAUCGAACAGGAGUUCUGCCAGGCACAGGAGGAGCAGAACAACAAACAGACUCAGAAUCUCCCUCAAAAUGGAUCAUCAUGUGCCAGUCAGCCCCAGGCACAGCCCCACUCCCAACACCAACCACCGCCCCAUGGUGGUAUGAGGGGUCUAAGCUGCAGCAUGGCUGGCCAACAAGCACUGCCCUCUGCCCAGUCCAACUCAGUCAUCACCCAGGCCCCCUCCAUGCUCACACACUCAGGACCAGUCCCUGGGCCCCUCUCCUCCCUACUGCACCUGAGGAACAACAGAGAGAGACAGCCCCUGGCUGCCUCUAUGCCUGGCACUCUGCCAGACCCAGACAUGCAGGGAGCAUCUGCCCAGCACAUGUCUAUGGAAAGACAGAUGUCUAUGGGAUCCAGUAUGAUGAGCAUCCAAGGUCCCCUCCACAACACUUCCUGCUCUUCACCUCAGAGGGCUAAAACUAUGGGUCACCCCCACCAACACCAUCACCAACACCAACACCCCGGAGCUGUCGCCAACAGCAACAUGGAUCCCACCAUAGGUCACAUGAUGGAGAUGAUGUCACCGCGGCAACGACACACUCACCUGCAGCAGCAGCAGCCUCAUCAGCACCUGCAGCAGGCUCUGCCCAUCUCCUACCAGCAGCACUGCCACGCCUCUCCACAUCACCUGGGAAGUGCCCACAGCCAGGGGCACCAAUCAGGGAAUGUGCUGCAUCAUCAGGUUCACCAAUCACCUCCCUCGCACCUGCAGGCCAGCCACACCCACCAAACCUCCCCUCACCUGCCCCUCCACUCCAUAGCUCUUCAGUCAUCCCAGCAGACACAUUCCCUGCAUGCAGGCCAGGCGGCUGGAGGACGUCGCAGGAGGUCUGUGGACCAGGACCCAGACGAGCGCAGGCAGAAGUUCCUGGAACGCAACAGAGCUGCGGCCACGCGAUGCAGACAAAAGAGGAAGGUCUGGGUGUCUGCUCUGGAGAAGAAGGCAGAGGAGCUGACGCACAACAACAUGCAGCUGCAGAAUGAGGUGACCACUCUGAGGUCAGAGGUUGGUCAGCUGAAGCAGAUCCUGCUGACCCAUAAAGACUGUCUGGUUACCGCCCGCCAGAGAGAAUCACAGGGGUACCUCAGUCCAGGGAGUUCGACAGGAAGUCCGUCCCCCCUGUGUCCCGGGUUGCAGCGGCAGGCCAUCCAAUCCAACAGCAUCUCCACCUCCUCAGCCUCCUCAGAUUAAAAAUGAAAGCAUGGAUGGCUGAAUUUCAUUAGUUCACAAGAGUUGGAUCCAGGGUUUAAUCCCUGGUUCCAAGGGGUUGAAUCAGUUCUAGAAUCAGCUCACCCUUCCCAUAAUCAUUGGUGGUUGUAUCUCAGUAGUCUGAAUUGCUCCCUCUCCUGCUCUCCUAGCCUCAAUGGACACAGGUAUGACAGAACUGGACUGACUGGCCUCUACAAGCCUGCUACUGUUGCACAUUUACAGUGACUUUCCCGAAAUUCCCGAAAUCCCGGUUGGACGAUUCCCGGAUUUCCUGCUUAUUGCCUCCUGAUUUCCGUAAAACCUGAAGUUACAGAAUUGUUGCAACCCUAGUCUAUGUGUCUCCAACACUGUGAUGAUAGUCACAUGUAAAUUGGAUCAUAUUGUGUCUUUGGGAAUCUCAGUCAAUCUAUGUGUCUCUGUUAGUGUGAAAUCAGAAAUCCAAGUACUGCUCUAGGACUGUUCCAACCUGGGCUGUGUGUGCAAUCAUACCUGUUAUUAUGUCCUUUAGCUUAAAGUAGUGACUGCAUACAGUUUUGUUAAUGGUCCCACAUGGGAGUCAACCCCACAACCCUGGCAUUGCAAGCACCAUGCUGUACCAACUGAGCCACACGGGACUUCAUCGCGUCACCUUUUUCUCAGAAUGUGACAUGGUUAGGUCUUGGUUAGGUUUUGGUUAGGCCUUGGUUAGGUUUUGGUUAGGACAUGGUUAGGACAUGGUUAGGUCUUGGUUAGGUCUUGUAACUUACGCCACCACCAGAAUCAGACCAUGAAAGACUCUCGGGCUUAAAACUAGCCUGUAACUAUGGCCCAGAGUUGUGUGUAUGCUACAGUAUGUGUGUGUGGUUGCAUAUGCAACCCAGGUCUCUCUGAAAUGCAGAACGUGAAUGAAAACGAAUACAAAUGUACAUUUUAUGCAAAUCUAUAUCAAGACCUGUGAAUAGAAUGUCCUUGUUUUGUAACGAUGUAAUGCAGAGCCUCCUUGUAAUGAUGUAAUGCAGAGCCUCCUUGUAAUGAUGUAAUGCAGAGCCUCCUUGUAACUAUGUAAUGCAGAGUAUAAUGUUUGGUACCUGAUUGCAUGUCACCUGACCAGGAUAACCCCUGACCCUUUGUGUAACUCCUGAAAAGCACUUACUAGUUUCCUACAGGGUAUUUAUCAUGUUAACUAGGCUCACGCAGUGCAUCGCCCUAUAACCAGUAUCUAUGUAUCUUCCUGUAUUGUGAUUGUGUUUUGUUCAAUUUGUUUUGUUUUUUUUACAUAUAUUGACAAUUGCUACAAACUGAAAAUAAAAGCACUUAUUCUCUGGUA